CUCUGUUGUCGGUCGUCCGGGGCGACGCUAAGGAGAGCUGAAAGGUGACACAGGAGUGCGCGUAUUGUUGUCUUUAAAUGGUUCUAGGGCAUUUUCAUAAGGUGCGAGUGUGUAGCGGUGUUUGACAGGUUUCAUUCGAUAGCAAGAAGGAUCUUUUUUAGUGCCUUUUAAAAGAGAAAGGAAGAUAAAAGUUAUUUCCCGGUGACUGCAAGCGGUUUCGUGGUAUUUGUUUGGGUUAUUUCUUCAAAAGCCUGCGGUGGGCGGUAUUGCAGUACUGUUAGAUAAUGACGACGGUGGGGGCCGGAACUCGGCCAGGGCAGAGGCUGUGUCCCAAGAAGAUGCCGAGCUACACGUACAAGUACCCGACGUUCAGACAGGUGCAGAUAGCCGCCGUCAAAGACUCUCUAUUCCACCCAUGUCUUCCGACGAUCCGACGGAUGGACAUGGACACCACCAAUCAAAAACUGCCCGACGAACACUGCAGGACUGUAACAUCGUGCGGACCAGAGGAUUUCAAGCGAGCUAAAACAACAUUGUUCGAGCCACCAAGACGCAGAUUGUCGGUCAUGGAUGUUACGGAGACCGGUAGAAAAAUUCACCGAGAAUAUACGACACCAGAUGCUUUGAAGCACUCACGAAUGCACUGGCACGAGUUCCUCAAUAAAUGUCCAGAAAGAUACAGCAUACAACUGCCAGAACGUAGCCAAAAAGAUUUGCACUAUACUGGGUAUGCCGUCCGUUUCGUCAGUCCUGACAUUACGAGCUCAUGGAGAAAAUGCUUGAAAUCUGAACCCAUGUUGGACCAGUAUGGACAAAAGCCACUCCCCGCCAACAUCUUUGGACGCUACCGAGAUACAUACCCGCAGUACAGCCGCGCUAUCGCUAGUGAGACAUGGCGGCCAUGAGAGCAGACGACUUUCGGUAUAGAGGAAAACCGAUGAUGCAGCAAAAUCCAAAAAUGGAAAUUUAUUUCUUUAAACACACACACACCACAAGUAUUAGUUUUUCUUGGGCCUCAGUAUAAAUUUGUCUCAGUUGAAAAAAAUAAAAAUACACCUGUUUAAUUUUGAAGCAGGUUGGUUUCUUUUAAAAUCUACAAAGACCAAGUCAAAUAAAGAUAUAUUUUAUAGUCUAGCUGGCGGAAGGGCCAUCCAUUUUACGUGUCGAUCGGGGAGGGGAGGAGGGGGGGGGGGGAUAUUUUGGAUUAAUAGAUAAAUGUAUUGAAUAUAAAGAACAAUUCUGAAAGAGAUAUUUGAACGAUGGUUCAUUAUUGGUGGACAUCAUGAAUUGUAAUUAUUAGUUGAUAUGUACUGUAGGCCUAUAAUAUUAUUUUCAUUUACAGUUCAGGACCGUAUCUAGCGGAAGGCGGGGUUGGGUGGGGGGGGGGGGGGGAUUUGAAGGAGGCGGCAACUGAAAAAUACAAAAAGAAAAAGUGAACUUUUGUAUAUCUGGAGAAAACCCUAUAUUAUUAUUUAUAAAUUUUUUUGUUUUGUUUUGUUUAUCGCAUUAUAGUCAUUUUACGCUAGAUACUGGUCUGCAGUUGCGUGUGAAAACAUUUUAUGCUUACCAUUCAGUAUUAAUAUUUUUAACUUUAUCACUGUUGUAGAAUUGUUUAGAAAGGGUACUGUAUAUUAUAACAUGUUUAUAACAGUGAAGCCAGGUAUAUCCAUCUGUAUAAAAAUGCUUUCAGUGACUGCAGAGGUUCAACUAUAUUCCAACUAUGUCGUGGUUUGCAGUGACUUAACUUUGAAAAUCUAUAACUAGGUAAAGUGAAGCAAUUUAAAAUGAUAGUUUACCAUAUUCUUGAUGAUUAAAGGACCUGCACGUACGUGUCCCCAGAAACAAAUUAUGCUUUCAUUAGCAUGACUUUUAUUUAUUUCAAGAACGCGUUUUUAAGUUUUAAAAUAAAAACAAUUAUUAUUAUAUUUUCGCCUAAACAAUAACAACAAGCAACAACAAUGAAGAAAAAAAGUCUAAUAAUUUUAAAAUAAAAUAUCAAUAAAAAAUUAUGAAAGUGUAGCUCUUCUAAAUCUCCAAAUGUGAAAAAUAAAUAAAUUAAAAGUUAAAAAACCUUAAACAAAAAACCAAUAAAAAAUCCAACCCCCAAACAACUGACGAUAUAGUACUUUCGAUCUUUAUUUAAAAUGAUGAUCGUCAUUAAUAAGGAUCCAGUAUCCCCCCCCCCCUCCCCCGAGGAUCCUGCUUACAGGGAUGAAUGAUAUUUAAUUUAACUUAAUCUAGACUUGGUUUUUUCUCUCGAUAUGACGUAACUGGAUUAAAAAAAUAAAUAUAUAUAUACCCCCCCCCCCCCCCCCCCCCCAAUAAAACCCCACAAAGUAAUAAAAACAAAACAUAAGGCAUAAGAAAAAACGUUGUUUUACCCAGGUAUGGCCAAUAAUAUAUUCUUUUACAAGCGUUUCAAUCUGUAUUAAGCAGUGUCAAAAAGUUGCCUUUUUUAAAGAUAGGUCAACUUAUUCUGUAUUAGAUGAUUUAAGAUAAAAAGAGGCCUCUUAACACGGUGGCUGCUUAUUACAGCUGGUCGUUUACUUCAUGUGACCGCUAGAGCAGCUUUCACUGUGUAUAGAUAUUCGACUGGUAUGCAAAAAUAGAUUUUUUUGUUUCCUCACACGCCAGUAGUCAGGAUGGGCCGGACAAAAUUGUACAACGAUUCUGGCCCGGCCCGCGGGCCAAUUCCCCCUCCGUCCCUCCCACACACACAGACACUGGCACAGGUAUUUUAAGAUAUACACAUUAGAUCACCAACAUUUCGCCUCGCCUCUGCAUUUAAGCCAUAAUUUCCGAUGUAUUCAGUAAUAAUAAUACCAUAUUAAAUUUGUAAACUAAAAUCUUGUCCCCAUAAAACUCGUCGUAGAUAGUAGCAGAUUUUAACAUCAGUGAUUUUUUUUCUUCUUUUGUUUGGAACAUAGUCACAGAAUGUCUACAACAGACGCUUGUUCAGGAGGGCGAGUGAUCGCAGUCGCUCGCUAGACUGGUUCUUGCGCCUAACGUUCAAUGAUGGUACCAGUCAAAUAGUUUGCGAGCGCUCGGCCUCCCGAACACGCCACAGAUCUAUGACGGGGCUGGGAAGUUGAAUGUGGUAUACGAGACGUGCUCGCAGCCGCUAACUUGACUGGUUUUCCCGUCUACCAUUACAUGCAUGUAGUAUGACAGAGGACGAUGGUACCAAUCAAAUUGUUCUCGGGAGCUCGGCCUUCGGAACAUUCCGAUGGUUUUCCAUUGAUUUUGGAGCAUUACAUCUCCGUCUGCUUUGUAAAUAUCUGCGACGUGUCCUAAAUUUUAUGGAAACCAGUAUUUAAAGUUAAGUGAAUCAUAUACCAGUCUUGACUGCUUAGAGAAAAACAACAAGAAGAUGUUGAAAUGAAUGCCACGAUAAUGAAUUGUACUUUCUUUUUUUAACCUGUGCUUUUGUGAACUCGUUAUUUAAACGUGUUUUUGAAGUAUUACCAAACUAGUAUUUCGUUUUCAGGUUUAAUUAUAGAAUUUGCUCAAUAUUGUUGUUUGAAAAUAUUUAUAUUGUUUUUUGUCAACUGUCUCUUAUUAACCAGUAUUAUAAAUAUUGGAUCAGUAUUACUUGAUCGUGAUCUUGAACAAACCAGCUUUAUUGUUAUUGGUGUUGCUAUUAAAAACCUCACGAGUAUUUUGAAUAUUUAUUUAACAAUUGCUCAUUUUGACAUAAAUAAAACCUUUAUUGUU